AUGCCUACAGGCAAGCGUAAACCCACCAAAAGACCACCACCCAAGAGAUCUACAACCUCCCACAAACCAAGUUACAAACGACGCAGUGGCAAAGAAUCUCUCACUGCUGCCGAGCGAGCAAUGGACGAUUCAGAAGACGACAAUGAUUAUCAACCGGACCUGCAACUUGAAGAACAAGAUUCAGAGGACGACUCAAGAAACCCUGUUGACUUAUCUACAUCUAGCCAACAUCCUCCAACCAACAACUCAAGUCGACCUGCUUGUUCAACAAACACUAAUUCAAACACAAGCCCACAACCAACUGGCACAGCUUCAACUCACAAUCCAAAUCACACACAACUAACCCUUCAUAACUAUUCCACUGUUGGCAAAGAGCUUGGACGACCUGCCCUUGAGAGGAUGUUGAAUGAUCCAAAAAGAAAGACUCAAAAUCGACCCCCAUCAGCUAUCUUAGGCGAGGCUCAGGCACUUCAGGGUUACUACACGAUGGACAAGAUGAGCCUAUCUUUGGUUGGCAACACCAGCCUCGCAACUCUGGAAUCUGCACUAUUUGAAGGCCCUAUAUCACAUGACCGCAAUGGCUACACCACAUGGAUGAGCUACAGCUUGGCCAACACAGUGCAAAUCUCAAUGCCUGCAGGAGGACAAUCGGAGGGCUUUGCCGAACAUAAUCAAAACUGUCGUAAAUGGACAGAACUGACAGAGACUGAGUCAGAGACGUUUCAGCCAAAACUUUUUGAAAAGCUAGCCUACGCGCAUUUCACAAACAUCGCCACACCGGUUUCCGAAGAAGAACGUGCAACGGAUCAAGAGAUAACCCAGUACAUGCACCAUUUCACCCGUCUUGCUAAUCUCGAUAAGGUAUCCAAACAUCUCCAAAGUGGGGUACUGGGUCAGACAAUAGCAAAAUCUCUUGCUGUUAUUGAAAAGAGGGGUCCCGAAGAGAUUGGAAAGGUAGCCACCCAGCUCCAAAGUAUCUUCAAAAGAUUUGGCAUUCAUUCGCACCUUCUGGUAGCCAGCUGGAAUCCAAAGACCAAGCUCGAAAACCCUAUGUGGAAUCCUGAAUAUACUACGAGCCCUCGAUGGGCUGAAUACGCCAAGAGAACUCAUCACCUUGCUAGAGACUUCGCCAUUCGGUCCACUGCAGCCCAAAUUGAGUUCACUGAAACCCAAAAAUCCACUAACCAAAACGACAAAACACCUCAGGUCACAAUGAGGACAAAGCUCACCAACUUGCUGAAUAACGAGAUAAGGAAGAAUUUGCCGCAUCCGCCUCAGGGACCAAAGCACGACGUCUAUCCAAAGACCCCCAACCCACACGAGACUAUAGCAGGCCGGUGUUACCAAGGCGUUCAGUUGGCCGUCCGUCAAGCCACUGACUCGCAGGUGACUCAGGAGAUGCUUACUCUAGGAGCCAAAGGCGGACGUCUGACCGACAAACAGGUCAAAACCUGGAUUGAAGAUAUUGAAGAAGGAAGGUAUUCCAUACACGUGGCAACUGCAACCACAACUGCAACAAACGGCUAA